AUGUUCCCAGCCAUGGCCGUCAAUCCCAAGAUGCAGCCAUGUCUGGCGCAUGUGCGCAUAGUGCUAGGUCGUGUGUACUUCCGUUACGGAUCCUUCCUGGAAGAUACGCGCAAGCUCAAGCGAGUCAACCUGGCAGUCAAGAUGAUCCUCCAUGCCAUAAAUGCCUACGACCUCAGAUCACUGCGAGCAGAGCUAUUCAUAAACGCGUGUGACAAGCCAAUCAGUUUCGACAACUCGCUCUCCUCCGGCUGCUCCGGCUUCCCCGUCUUCAGCACGCAGUGGACCCCCGGCUCCACGGACAUUCUCUUUCCUGACCCCCUCGACCUCGCCUACUCCCCUCCCGUACACCCUGAGCACGUGCCCUGGGCCAAGAAGGAGGGCAAGGCGGUGUGGCGGGGCAGCGGGUUUGAGUUCCAACUGAAGCCCUACAACUGGGCCUCCAGCUUCCGCCUGCGCCUGCACCGAACCUCCGACUCUCGCCCGGACCUGCUCGACGCACGGAUUUCCAGCUUCGGCCCGAUAGACCUGGCCAAUCCUAAAGAGUUGCUUAGGAAGAACGGCUUUGUGUUGGGGGAGGAGUUGGAGGAGGGGGUGAAGGAGAGCGCGUUCAAGUACGUGGUCGUGGUGGAUGAGAUGGUGGGCUCUCGUGACACGUGUCGCGCUCUGAGUGGCCAGCAGGCCAUCAUUCGCCACCAGUCGGGCUUCAUGCAGUACUUUGAGCCGCUCAUGCUGCCUGGAGUACACUACAUCCCCGUUACACACAGCUUCACGGAUUUGGUGGCAGCGGUGGAGUGGAUGAGGCAGCACGACGAUGCAGUGCACACCAUGCUGCUCAACGCAAACGAGCUCGCCUCGCACGUGUGCACGUGGCAAAGCCGCGUCCACUACUGGGCCGUACUCCUCGCCAAGUACGCCGCUAGAGCCAUGGAAACCCCGCAAGCCGUUGUCGCACCGACCGUUUGCCAAGGCGGCAAGGCUGUUCUUUCCGCGGAAUGGGCGGGUGGGAACGUGACGAAGCCGAGUUGUAAGGUGGAUAUGACUAAGGUGAAGAAGGAGGUGAUGCAGCCAUGGAUAGCCAAGAGGGUUACUGAGCUGUUGGGGGUGGAGGAUGAAGUGUUGAUCAAUUUCAUCUACAGUCUGCUAGACGGCAAGAAGGUGGACGGCAAGCAGGUCCAGAUUCAGUUAACGGGGUUCAUGGAGCGCCACACGGCGCGCUUCAUGCGCGAGCUGUGGUGCCUGCUGCUCAGCGCGCAGGCCAACGUCAGCGGCAUUCCGCAGAAGUUCCUCGACGAAAAGGCGGAGGAGACGAGGAAGAAAAAGGAGGCGGAGCAGCGCAUACUCUCGGAGAUCGGGCGCAAGAGGGGGGUGCAGCAGGGCUCGUUGCUGGGCCCUGGCACUGCCGCUGCUUCCAUCCCGGGAGUGGACGUCGAGGCUGCGCGACGGAAGGCCGCGGAAGCAGCAGCGCGCCUCACAGCUGCCCUCUUGGGACAUCCUGCUCCCCCCACCGCUGCUGCGCCUGCUCCUGCUGCUGCACCCGCUGUUGCACCCGCUGUUGCUGCGCCCGCCGCGGUACCAGCGUCGGCUGACCCAGCCGCUACUGCUGCCGGCAACGCUGCCGUCGCCGCCGCCACGGCCGCUGCGGCUGCGUUCACGGCGCAGGCUGCUAAGCUGGCACAGGAGAAAGAGGCAGCCGCAGCAGCAGCAGCUGCUGCUGGCGGUGGUGGUGUUACAGGAGCAGAGGAUGGGAGGCCAGAUGGUGAAGGAGCCGCCGCUUCUGUUGCUGCUGAUCCUGCUGCUGCUGAUGAUGUUGAUGAUGAGGGAAAAGCGGAGCAGGAUCAGGCCCCCUUGCCUCCUCCCCCUCGAAACCGCUCCCCCACCCGCCGUCGCCAUCGCUCCCGCUCUUUCUCCCCCGAGCGCCGCUCCCGGUCCCCUCCCCGCCACCGCCGCUCCGCAUACCGCUCCCCCCGCCGCUCCCCCCCGCCGUCGUCCUACCGCAGCAGCCGCUACCGCUCCCCGCCUAGAAGCCGCGGGUACCAGCGCGACGGGCGGUCGCCGCCAGGGGACUAUCGGCGCAGAGGAGGGGGAUCCCGAUCACCCCCCCCGCGCCGUUCGUCCCGGCAAGAGGAGUCGUUUGCGCGGGGUGAGAGGGAUGGGGGGAGGGAUGGGGGGAGGGGUGGGGGGAGGGGUGGGGGGAGGGGUGGGGGCAGGGAUGGGGGGAGGGUUGGGGGCAGGGAUGAGGAAAUGCUGUCUCCUGGUGCUGACGAGAGUGAGGGUGAAGAGCCGAAUGGCGAUCUGGUUGCUUCUGAAAAGUCUGGUGGCAUGAGGGAGAGCGAGGGACGAAGGGGGAGGAGUAGGGUUGAGGAGGGGGAUGAGGAGGAGGGCAGGCGGGGUGCGAAUGGGGAGAGGAGGCAGGGUGAAAGGGGGAGGUAUGUCGCGCGUAGGGGGGAGGGGAGCGGUUACGACGCGCGUGCGCGUGAGAGGCGAGAUGAGGAGAGGGGCACAGGCAGGGGGGAGGGGCGCGGAGGGCGGAGAGCAGGGUACGAGGAUGAAAGGGGCGGGGAGUUGCGAGAGGGGCCAAGGGGUUUUAGCAGCAAGGGGCCUAGCGGGCCUCGCAACAAAGAGCUUAGCGGUAGGGAUGGACUAGGGGAGGAUUGGGAGGAGGAGCGGGGUGCUGGUGCUGGUGGUGAUGCAGGUGAUGCACGGGGUCCUGGUGGUAGGCAUGAUGAUGGAAGGGGUAGGAGGGAUGGGAGGGGCAAGGAGCAGGGCGAGGAGGAAGCUGGAGAGGAGGAUGAGGAGGAGGCAGGGGGGAGUCAGAGGCAGUCUCGCAGAUUUCUCUCUUCCCAAGAACCAUCUGCGUCUCCCCAAGAUGCUUCCCCUCCCUCCUCCGCCUCUCCCUCUCCCCGCCGUCCGACAAGGGAGGCUGGGGCACGAGGGGAUGGGAAGGGAGGACAGAUCGGUGGAGAGGGGUUUGGGAGGGUGGGGAGUGAGGAUUGGGAGGAGGAGGAGGAGGGGAUGAACACGCAGCACGCGGCGAUGCUGCUCAUGUUCUUCCUGCUCGGCUGCGCUCUUUUGAUCAGCGAAACCACCAGCCUGCUCCCCCUCCCCCUAGGCGCGUUCCACAUCCUAGCAGCGCUCGCAUUCUUCUGCGAGGGUCUUCUCUUCUCGCUGCACUCCACGGCGCACCACGGCCUGGAGCCGCGCUACCACAUGCUGCUCGCCAUCGCCAUCUCUGCGUGUGUCGUGUGUGCGCUGCUGGCCGCUGCCAGGCCGCACUCCUUCCUGCUCGAUGCGGUUGGCAGCGGCGCGAUUGUCUUGCAGGGGCUCUUGUUCUGGCAGACCGCCAUGUCCCUCUAUGGCCCCAUGGUCCCAGCAGGCUGCUACCUGGGUCCUGACACCGUGCACUGCGACUCCAAUGCAAGCGAGCAUCGAGCCAUGGCCCUCGCUGUGCUGCAAUUCAUCGCCCUCCUCGCCUGCACCCUCGUGCUCUCGCUCGUUUAUUAUGGCGCGGUUGCAAGCGCUGCUCCUCGGUCGUCUCUGGAUCUUAUCCAUGCAACUCAUGCUGUGGAAUGUGGAGAGGAGGGGGGAAAGGAUGGUUCUAGUCCGAGGGGGAGUGGUGGCAAGGGAGAGGUUGCGUUAGGGGCGCUUAGUGUGCAUGAGAAUGGCAAUAUGGGCACAGAUGCAGGAACGGUCGCGCUGAUUUUCGCUUCAUGGAACCUUUUCUGCGCCAUUCGCGCUUACCUCGCCGCGCCGCACGCGUACGUGGCGCGUGCGUGGCACCCGGUGCCGAUUCGCGGGCACUGGGUGCGGCUCGUGGUGUACGUACUUAUCUGCGGGGCGUUCGCGCAGCUCAUGGAGGGGCUCGUGCUGGGACUUCUGUCCGCGUUUGAGCAUAGAUUUGAAAUCAUUCAAUUCGAGCACGCCUUGCUCUUUGCUGUCUUCGUUAUUAUAGGGCUCAUCUUCUUUGUCCAUGACACAACCAGUCUCCUGCCUCUCCCACCAGGUUCCCUGCACGUCCUCUACGCCAUCGGCUUUUUCAGCGAGGCCAUUCUGACCACCUUCCACUCCAUCUCCCACAAGGGCCUCGAGCCCCGCUUCCACCUCUUCCAAGCACUCGCUGGCCUCAUCUGCUUCCUGCUCGCGCUCCUCGUCGCCGCCUUCCCCUCCUGCUUCCUCCUCGAUGCAAUGUUCCUCUCGGGGUUUCUCUUCCAAGGCCUCUGGCUCUGGACCAUGUCUCUGUUCCUCUAUGGAGUGCUCCACUUACCGGGUUGUCGCAAUGUGGAUUAUAAGAUGGUUAAGUGUGACACGGAAGCGGAGGAGCAUCUGGGUGUUGCGCUCGCAGGUAUUCUGUUUAUCGCCGUGCUCGUCGUUACCAUGCUCCUCGCCCUUGCUCUCUAUGCCAGGGCUGCUCGCAAUGCUCCCCGCUCAUCCAUAGACUACAUUCUUGCAUUGUCUCCUAACCUUAAGGCGUCUCACAAGGAAGCUGCUUUCGGGGGCGGGAUUGACUUAUAUGGGGAAAAAGAUGUGCAGGGUGAAGGAGCAGCAGCAGCAGUAGCAGCAACAGAGGGUCCUAACGUGCCCCUCACUCAUGCUGUUGUGAACGUGGAGAGUGAGAGUGCUGCAUUGCUAGGUGGCCAAGUUCAGAUGUGA